AUGAAACAGAUGGAAGAUGCUCCUUCAGUAAGUACAGCUGACGAAAAGGAGCCCUCAGAAAGUGUAAAUGAGGACAAGAAUGUGGAAGAGACCGAAUUCAAAAAACCUGUUCUGUCGAAGAAAAGAGCGGCUGAAGAUGCUGGAGAAGGACCUGAUACCAAGAAGCCAGGUGCCGAUGCUGUGAACUACCUCGCUGUUUGUGACAGCGCUUCCGGUAAAAUAGUCAUUGUGGAUGGUAAGGGGACAAGCACGCCUCUGUUUACUCUAGAGAAACACCACUACGCACCUGUUCGGCUGAUUGAAGCGAAAACUGUGCCGGUUUCUUUGGCAAUCAAUCCAAAAGGAACCAUGUUUGCUACAUUUGGCGAGGAUCGACGGAUACGAAUUUUUUCGCUGGCAAAAGGAAAACUGAUAAAGACGAUAGAUGAGACAUUGACAAAGUAUCAGACAGAAGCUAAGGAGCAACGUUCCUAUGGUUUGCAAAACAUGGAAUGGAAUCGACGUGUAGCCUUGGAAAAAGAAAUGGAUAAGGACCGCGCCAAUGCUUUCAAGAACGUGAAAUUGUGUUGGGACUAUUCUGGAUACUUUGUGUUGUAUCCUUCUCCAGUUGGAAUCAAGACUGGAGAUCCUACUGGAAAGGGAACGGGAGGACAGUCAAUAUGGGGGACGGAUUUCGAAGACGAGUUCCACCCACGACUACGACAUGACAAGCCCUUCAAGGUAUCCAUGGCUAAUGCUGGUCCAAACUCGAACGGCUCUCAAUUUUUCAUUACUGUUUGUCCAGCAGAAUGGUUGGAUGGAAAGAACACUAUAUUCGGAGAGGUGAUUGAAGGAAUGAACGUAGUACAGAAGAUCAACCAAGUGCCAACUUUUGAGAAGAGUGGACGACCACGCUCGGAAAUUUCUAUAAUGUCUAUUACUCUGAAGUAG